AUGUUUGCCAAUCGCUCUUUACCUCUACUAAGAAACUUUUCUCUCGGGGUCCUCACUCCACAAAGAUCAAUUGUCCAAGCCACAGGAACAGGAACCUAUCGUUCUCUCGCAACCAUGGCUUCUGACCCGUCUACUUAUAAGCUCAACCACACCAUGCUCCGGGUCAAGGACCCGAAGCGCUCGGUGGAGUUCUAUAAAUACCUCGGCCUCAGCCAGAUCCAACAGCUCGACUUCCCCGAGAACAAAUUCUCCCUCUACUUCCUUGCAUACAACGGCCCCUCGUCGCUUCAGGGUGACCGUCACUGGACGGACCGCAACGGUGUUGUCGAGCUCACUCACAACUACGGCACGGAAAGUGACCCCAACUACAGCGUGGUCAACGGCAACACAGAACCGUACCGCGGAUUCGGUCACCUGGCUGUCUCCGUCGACAACAUCGAGGAGGCCUGCAAGAGACUCGAGGACGCGGGAUACGCGUUCCAGAAGAAGCUCACGGAUGGUCGCAUGAGGAAUAUUGCUUUCGUCAAGGAUCCCGAUGGCUACUGGGUGGAAAUCAUCCGUCGCCGUGAUGAGGAUUUCGCGGCUGCCACUACGGACCCCAGCACCUACCGCCUGAACCACACUAUGCUCCGGGUUAAGUCAGCUGAGACAAGCUUGAAGUUCUACCAGGAGGUUAUGGGUAUGACUCUGGUGCGCACCAGUGAGAACAAGGAUGCCGGUUUCAACCUCUACUUCCUGGCAUACCCCAAGUCCAACCCUCAGCUGCAGGAGGAUGCAAGGAACCCUGUCGCUGAGUGGGAGGGUAUCCUCGAGUUGACUUGGAACUACGGCACGGAGAAGCAGGAGGGCAACGUUUACCACAAUGGCAACACGGAGCCUCAAGGUUUUGGUCACAUCUGUAUCUCCGUUGAUGACCUUAAUGCCGCCUGCGAUCGCUUCGAGGGCCUGAAUGUCAACUGGAAGAAGCGCCUGACCGAUGGUCGCAUGAGAAACGUGGCGUUCAUCCUUGACCCGGACAACUACUGGAUUGAGGUGAUCCAGAACGAGACGCUCAAGCGCACCAGCAACUGGUAG